AUGGCUCUGCCCGAUAUGCAACAAGCCAGCGCCAUACGAUCAAUUGGCCGUCGACGAGUAGGUGACCGAAAGGCUGCCUAUCGCCCCAUUGUUACUGACAGCAGAGUUAGCUAUGUCCAGGAUAUCCUGAACAACACACCGAACAGUCUCGAAGGGGUGACCAUUGAACCUAACGGGCGAUGGCUUCUCAGAGACGAAGAGCAAGAGGCCAACAACUUUCCGUCAGAAGCAUUCUUCGAUGACGAUGACGACGCCAUUGAAAUCUCGGAGCUCAGCACCAUCCCGGCCCGACCCGCAGAUACGCUGCCUGCUCCAAGUACACCGUCUCGACAGAAUGGAGGAGGCACGAAACGCCCGGCGCCAGUGGUCAUUGACCUGACACUAUCGUCCGACGAGGAGGACGAGCCAAUCCAGCGACCGUUUAAAAGGCAGAGCACGGUGGGGAAUGGCUACCAUGGACCAAGCGGCUUGUCCUUUCCGCACAUUGCCUCGCCCGGUAUUCCACCAUUGUAG